AUGAAAAAAUUAUUCAAAUAAGAGUAAAUUACACCUGAUAUCGAAUCUUUAGAUCUACGUAAUUUGCUUAAAAAAAAUUCGCGUGAUAUGAUAAUAACCUAUGACAUGUCUUAUUUCAAUAAAUUACCUUAAUCUUUUUAAAAAUUUGUUGAUAUCUGUGAGAAAGCCUUAAAAUUGGCAAUUGAAUAUUUUUCUCGUUUAAUAAAAAUAGUUCCUAAAUCUGAAUAAUAUAUGAAAUAUAAAAGUUCUAAAUGCUUAUUAGUUGAUGUGCCUUAAAAUGACAAAACUAAAGCAAAAAAUUCUGAUUUACAUUUAUAUAUAUCAUACAAUAAUGAUCCCAAUUAAGAAUAUUAAGCCUUUGCAUACUUGUGCUAAUUUGUGAAAGGUAUUGGGCCUACUCAUGGUUUAAUUAACUUCAAUUUAAGUUAAAUAUAAACAAAUUUCGAUAAAGAUUAUAAUAUUUAAUUUGAAGAUUUAGUUGAAAUAGUUAUCCAUGAAAUAACUCAUAUAUUAGGUUUUAGCGACCUUGAUAUACCUAAUUGGGUAAAUUCUAAGGGAAAACCUUAUACUAAUCCUACUAUUACAAAAUAAAUAAAUGGAAUUGAUACUUUAUUCUUAUAAACUCCUAAUGUUUUGAAGUUUGCUCAAGAUUAUUUCGGAUGUCCUACAUUAGUCGGAAUGCCUCUUUAAAAUAUAGGAGGCAAAGAUUCUGAAAAAUCUCAUUGGCAAAACUCAAUCCUCCAAAACGAAUAUAUGAAUGCAUCUGUAAUAUCUACUUAAGCCUAUUUUAGUGGUUUUACAAUUAAUCUUCUAAGAGAUACAGGCUACUAUCAAUAAAUAAACGCUUAAAUGGAAGAAUAAAUGUUUUAUGGAAAAGGAAAAGGGUGUGAAUACGUCAUGGGUAAAUGUGAUAUUAAAUUAAGAGAAUAUUGUGAUCCUAAAAAUGAAGCUGCAUUAUGUGAUUUUCACCAUUAUGGAUUUGCUGAAUGUAAAACUGGUUUAUAUAAUAAUUCUAAUUGCAAUAAUUUAUUUGUCUACGACAAUGCAAAAUGCUUUGAUGUAAACAGUCCAUUUAACGAUAGCAAAAUUACAAAAUCAAAUGGAAAUAAAUUUGGUACUGAUUCGAGAUGUUUCAACGGAAGCUUAUUGGCUAAAGGAUAUAAAUAAAGAAACAUAAUUAAGGGUCAAUGCUAUAAAUAUGAAUGUAGUGCUAAUGGAUAAUAAGUAAAUAUAUAUAUAGAAUCAGUAAAACUCGUUUGUAAUAAAAAUUCAGAAUAAAAAACAGUAGAAAAUUAUAGUGGAUUUGUAUAAUGUCCGGAAAAUAUACAAGAAUUUUGUAAGUUUAAAAAAAUAUGUCCUAAUUUCUGUAGUACUAACGGAUAUUGCAUAAAAAAUAAAUGUGUUUGCGCUAAAGGAUUCUUCGGAUAAGAUUGUUCAA